CUCUUAUUUCACAACAUACAAGCCAAAUUAAGAUACUUCUUCCUCUUCUUCCAUAUAUAAUCAAGAUGGCUUUGUCAUCAAGAACGCUCAUGGCUUCCAUGCUUGUCUCUUUUAUGCUUCUCCAAUGUUUCACUGAAGCAGCUGAUCACCAGUAUGAGAUGUUGGGCGUUGAUGGAGCACCGGCCCCCAAGCCCCCAACUUUAGAUUGUGGAGUGGCAUGUGAAGGAAGAUGCAAACUAUCAUCGAGGCCUCGUCUUUGCAAAAGGGCAUGUGGGAGUUGUUGUGACAAGUGCAGUUGCGUUCCUCCAGGCACUUCUGGCAACUACGAAUCUUGUCCUUGCUACUUUAACCUUAAAACCCACAACCAAACCCGCAAGUGCCCUUAAUUUCUUUCAAAUUUUCAAUUCAUUUCAACAAAUCCAACCAAAAUAAAUAAAGUGCACAAACUUUUCUCAUCUCUUUUACUGAGAGAGAGAAUGUUUUGGCAUGCAUGUAAAACGUAAAAGCUUUCUGCUUUUGUAUGAGUUUCUAUUAAGAUUGUAUUGUAUUGUAAUUAAUAAAAACUAUUUUUAAGUCCUUUUGUUCGA